GCCUCACUCACACUCACACAUUGACUCUCCCGGGUCGCAUCCUUUCUGGCCUGAUCUCAGCUUUUUUCCACCUUUACCAUGGACCUUCACCUUCACUACUACUAACCCGUUAAUAUUACUGCGCCCUUGACUCUCUCAGACGACUAUCUGGCCUUACCGUAACACCGCUCUCACUCUUCUCACUCUCACUUACCGUAUCCAAUCCCCUCCUUCCUUGAUUCCCGUCUCUCCCUCCCCCCUCAACAAAACCCGCCCAUCGCCCACUCCAACUUCUUCUUUCUCUUCUCCCACUCCUCAGCUCUCAACUUCAACUCACCCUCAAUACACUCUGCCGCCUACAGCCAACUAUCAACAAUCAACAACCUUCCCUUCAAGUCUCAAUCGUCGCCAACAUGACAAAGGCGAAAUAUAUCCUCCUCGACUGCGACAACACGCUCGUCCAGUCCGAGCGCCUCGCCUUUGAGGCUUGCGCCGAGCUUACCAAUGAGGUCCUCGAGAAGCACGGCCUUGAGGCCCGCUACACGACCGAUCAGCUCCUGGAGGACUUCGUCGGCCACAACUUCCGUGGCAUGCUCAAGGGCUUGCAGACCAAGCACAACUUCACGUUGAGCGAUGAGGAGCUCGAGGAUUUCGUGCAGCGCGAGCUUGGCGCCGUAACCCGCAAGCUCAGCCAGAAGGCCAUCGAGUGCCCCGGUGUCACCGAGCAGCUCAACCUCCUCAAGGAGCAGGGCUACCCAAUGUCCGUCGUCAGCACCUCGGCCAAGUCGCGCGUCGUCGCAUCCAUCGAGAAGGCCAAGAUUGACCACUUCUUCCCCAACGAGCAUGUCUACUCCGCUGCCACCUCCCUCGAUCCUCCCAGCUCCAAGCCCGACCCCGCCAUCUACAUCCACGCCUGCAAGCAGCUUGGUGUCAAGCCCGAGGAGGUCGUCACUGUCGAGGACAGCAAGUCCGGCGCCACUGCCGCCAUGCGCGCUGGUAUCCCUUGCAUCGCAUACGUCGGCAUCUACGGCAUCGAGGAGGGCAAGGAGAAGAUGGACGAGAUGGCCAAGGUUCUCACCGAGCAGACCAAGGCCGCUGCUGUCCUCUACGACUGGAAGGACUUCCAGGAGGCCCUCCACAAGGUCGAGGCCAAGUUGUAGGCGUCUGACUAGGACCUGGUUGAGGUGGAACAACAUAUCAAACACAUGGAUGAACGUACAGGACAUGGCUACACUGGGCCUGGUAAAACUUACGGGAAUAACAUAACGGAUGCAUCUACACGAAGAGACGACCGUAGAUACUCUUUCAAAAUGGGAUCAAUGGGAUCAAUGGAACCAUGGAAAUAGAUCUAGGAAUGAAAGCAUUCUUG